GCUGACUUCCAUGGCAUCGGCGGCGAGGGGGUUGGGAGCGAGUGGGCAGUCCAGUCCAGUCCCGAGACGGAGGCAGGAGGCAGCCCGGCGGCCCCGGUGUCAUUGUCGCCCUCGGCUGGGCUGGGCUGAGUGCGUCUGCCUCGGGGGUCCAACACGUCCGCCCUCGCCUCGAUGCCGAGGUGCAGCCACGCGCCCGGGUCUAACCCAGCGACGCGACUGGAGUGCACUGGGACAUGGGGCGAGGAAAAGCAAAUGCCUAUGAAGAUGAAGAAGAAGGACCCUGACCCGAUGCUGGUAGACUGCCCACACUCUUGCCGUGCCCCCAAGUACACAGAGGUACACGUCGCAAGAGCAGAGGGCAGGCAGAAACAAGCAGCCCAUGCAAGCGAGGCCCCGCCGAUCUCAAUUGGCGCCUCUCUCUCUCUCUUGCUCUGCCCCCAUCCCUGUCUAGCUCCGCUCUCCGCCCCCCUAUUUCCUUCGCGUCCAACACUUGCUCUGCUAGGCAUCGACCGAGGUCACAAUGGUGGGACAGUGCAGUGCAAACCCCUCGACAAUCGACAAUCGCCAAUGGCAAAUGGCUCGCUCAGCACACUCAUCCUAGACAAAGAGCAAGAGCAAAACGAAGACGCGACCUUUUCGAGCAAGGACGUUCUUUCUUACCCACGAGUAGAGUAGCACUGGAAGACUGGAAGCCCCAGACGUCGUCGUCGUCUCGGCAAAUGCCCGCCGGCUUGGCAGUGCUUCGCCUUGAUUCGCGCCGUUUCCUCCUCACUUUGCAGAGGGAAGCACU